AAUUCAAACGUCAAACACACAAGCUUUUUCGCAUUUUAUGUUUGGGAAAAAGAAUUGUUAAAUAAAAUGUCUUAUAAUGGUUCAGGUGACGAGCAAAGCGAAGACGGCGAACUGCGACAGAGUCCGGUGCAAAACGUGACGAAGCCCAAAGUCGAAAUGAGUUUGGUGUCCGACGAGGAUGUGGACAACGACGACGGACUGGACAUAAAACCGCCCCAGGCCAGAAGUUCACACCAGUCGUCCAGGAGGAGAAAAGAGGAACAGGAAAGGGCGCACAGAAAGUCAGACCGUCACAAAGAGGACAGACACCACAGAGAGAAAAGGAGGGAAAAGCAUCAUUCAAAGACUGAAAAAGAUAGGGCUCAUUACCAGAGGGAGAAAGAAAGGUAUUACAGGGAACAUUACCCGGAUAGCCACUAUAUGACUGAAAGAGUCCAUAGGGAAAGAAAAGAGGAAUACUCCAGAACUCACCAUUCCAGAAGGUAUGAAGAAGUAACAGUGGCAGAUAAGAGGGAUUUGAGGUAUGAAAGGGAACUUGAGAAAUACAGACAUAAGAGACAUGAAGAAGAAAAGAGGAACAGACAUAGGGAAAGGCGGCACCGUGAAGUCGAAUACACUGAAACCACUUCAGAGAAAAGAGAGGUUGAGUAUAUAAGUGAGGAUGGUGCUGAAGACAAAUCAAAAUGGGAUGACAAUGAAAAGGAACUGACUGAAGAGGAGAAAGCCGAGCAGGACUUGAGGAAAGUCAAAUUAUUAGAGGCAGAGAGGGAGAUGGCCAGACUAAAGGAACAAUCAAGGUUAGAGCGCGAACGUCGCGACAGAUCCAAGAGGAAAACCGAUGAUGAAGACUUCUACAAUAAAAGGCUGAAAGUGGAAGAAGAAGAAGAGGAGGAUGAGAAGAAAGUUUCAGAGAGUGAGGAAGAGGUUAUUAAAUGUUCAGACGUGGAAGAGAAGAGUGAAUACAGUGAGAGAAGCAAAAACAGCAGUGUAAGUGCAUCUAGAAGUGAACGGUCAUAUAGGAGUGGUGAUUCUCAUGCUGAAAGUCCUGUAUCUGAGAGGUCAAAGAGCGCAAGCAGAGAAAGAAGUCGCAGUCGCAGCAGGACGAGGAGUCGAAGUCGCAGUCCUAGCAGUCGCAGCAGAACUAGAAGUCCUGUAAGUGAAUCAUCAGAUAAAGGAGCUGGUUCGCCGUCGAAAGACUUGGAAAAUGCUGCUGCGGCGACGAAGAAUGACGUUGAGAAUAACAAAGAUAAAAAGCAAGAACCAAAGGAGGCGCCGAAAAUCGAUGAGUCGUUACCGCCUUAUUAUCCAGCAAUACAAGGUUGUCGAUCAGUAAUCGAGUUCCAAACGCUUAACAGAAUUGAAGAGGGUACUUAUGGUGUUGUUUUUAGAGCUAAAGACAAACGGACAGACGAAAUCGUCGCCCUUAAACGAUUAAAGAUGGAAAAAGAAAAGGAGGGUUUCCCUAUCACAUCCUUGCGAGAAAUCAACACACUACUAAAGGGUCAACACCCCAACAUAGUGACCGUACGAGAGAUCGUCGUUGGAAGCAACAUGGAUAAGAUCUACAUCGUAAUGGACUACGUUGAGCACGACCUCAAAUCGCUGAUGGAAACCAUGCGUCAUAAAAAACAGAAAUUCAUGCCAGGCGAGGUGAAAUGUCUGUUAAAUCAGUUGUUGCAGGCAGUUGCGCAUUUGCAUGACAACUGGAUAUUGCACCGCGAUCUCAAGACCUCCAACCUGUUGCUGUCGCACAAGGGUAUUUUGAAGGUUGGUGACUUUGGUCUGGCCCGCGAGUAUGAUUCGCCGUUGAAGGCAUACACGCCGAUUGUCGUGACUUUGUGGUACAGGGCUCCGGAAUUGCUUCUCUGCACGAAAGAAUAUUCAACUCCUAUCGACAUGUGGUCAGUUGGGUGCAUUUUUGCCGAGCUUUUGCUGAUGAACGCUCUCUUCCCAGGAAAAUCCGAGGUGGAACAAGUAAAUAGAAUAUUCAAGGAGUUGGGCACACCCAACGAAUCAAUUUGGGCCGGUUAUAACGACCUGCCAGCCGUUAAAAAGAUGACCUUCACUAAAUACCCCGUCUCCAAUCUGCGUUCGAAAUUCAGCAAUUUGAGCGAAAUCGGGUUGGGACUGCUGCUCAAGUUCCUCACGUAUGAUCCGGCAAAGCGAAUCACGGCGGAGGACGCGUUACGCAGCCCAUUUUUCAAGGAGCAUCCGUUGCCGAUUGAUCCGUCAAUGUUUCCCACGUGGCCCGCCAAAAGCGAGCUGGGCUUGAAGAGGGCGAUGGCGACCAGCCCCAAGCCGCCCUCCGGCGGCGAGGCUUACAAAAAACUCGAUGAUGGUUUUACUCUUGGCAUGGGCGUUGAUCUAAGAAGAGGAGGUGCAGGAUUUAGUUUAAAGUUUUAAAUUGUACAUAAUUUUAUAUAACAUUAAGUUUUAAUUAUUAUAAUGUGAUCAGUUAAUUUAAGUCACAUUUGUUUGAAAUGAAUAAAUCGCAGGAGUGAUUUUGUAAAAAUGGGAUAUUGUUUGUACUUCUGUUACUGUAAAUAAUACAAGGUUACCUCAAAUAUAAUAAUAAAAAGUUAA